AUGGCUUCGUCUUCGUUUCGAGACUCCAUGAACUCGCUGGGCUGGUCCCGUCGCGACUCCGAUAUACCCGUCAACACCAGCCAGCAGUCAGGCUUGCUGUCUUCCAUCAAGUCUCUUAAUCCUUUCGGCGAUCGCGGUUAUGUUCGACUGCCUGUCACCGAGGGCCCCGGUGCGCCUCUACCCGCCAGCACCCGCCGCGAGGAGGAGGAGGGAUGGUUUGCAAUGAGUCGUUGGGACCGUCUUCUGAUAUUCGGUGGCUGCAACAUCGCCGCCCUCGCCUGCUUCGUGCUCUGCUUCGCCCUGUGGCCCAUACUGAUCGCCAAACCCCGGAAGUUUGCCAUCUUAUGGUCUUUUGGUUCCAUACUAUUCCUCUGCUCAUGGGGUGCCAUGAUGGGACCGAUGACCUAUGUUCAACACCUCUUCUCUGGAAACAGGAUCCCCUUUACUGCAGCCUACUUUGGCUCCAUCUUCAUGACACUCUACUUCUCCCUCGGUCUACAAAGUACAUUCCUGACCCUGAUCUCUGCCAUCAUCCAGAUGGCAUGUCUACUUUGGUAUCUGGUCAGUUACUUUCCGAUGGGAUCCAGCGGUCUACGCCUCGCCACAACCUUUGGCGCACGCAGGACGGUUGCCUGGUUGACCGGUUAG